AUGGGUCGUAAGCCCAAUCAACUCAUCCUCGAGUUCUUUAUCCGAGGCCCCAAGCUCGAGGAUUCCAGCAACCGCUACCAGCACACCUGCAAGGCCUGUGGCGAGAAAUUUCCCAAAGGUCGCAUCGACAGCCUCACCAAUCACCUGGUCAAGAAGUGCCAGGCCAUCCCACUUCGCGAUCGCCAGCGCGUGCUCCUCCGCCUCCACGAACUCCCCGACCUGACCGAGGGCGACGCGAAUAAGGAUCCCAGCUCGACAGGGAAGGGCAAAGGUGACGGGAGCUUUGGCAAUCGUCCCAACUUUGACGGCUUGAACGUCCUGGCGGAGGCUUCUCGUCAGGUCGGUGCCUCGGAACCUGCCAAGCGAGGCUCGCAAUACACCCAGUCUGUGACUGUCGGUGGCAAAACCGUGGUUGUUGACCCGGCUUUGGAGGCUGACUUCCAGGGCCCGAGUUCUCAACAGGGAGACGAGAAACAGGAGGACGGUAACAAUGCCCAGGGAACUCCGCAGUCCUCUAACCAUCCCGCUAUUCCUGCUCUCCCCAGCCAUACCUCCGGCGAUCAUAACUCCAUGUCUCCUCCACUUGGCGACACCUCGAUGACCCCGGAAUCGACUUCCAACGCGCGCCAGUCGCAGCUGUCGAUGAUCGCGGCAUCUGCCAAUGAGAUGGUUCCCCAGGGACUCUCCAUGGAUGGAGACAACCUCAGUGCCGACGGAUUAAAGAUGAACCAAUGGAACCAGCCGCUCACGCACCAAGAGCAGAUUCUGUUCGAAAGUUUGCAGGAGCAUGACCCUUCAUUGACGGCGGCGACUCCCACACAGCGUGCUGCAUCUUUCCCCCGUCCGAUUGCUAUGAACCCCAAUACCCACGCCAAGGGAUUUGUCAACGAGUUCGGCAAUUCAACCAAGCCAGCCAAACCUAAGGUGCGGGGACGUUUCUCUGCAGAGCGGCGUCGCGAGGUUCAGGAAGUGCGCAAGCGCGGCGCUUGCAUUCGUUGCCGUAUGCUGAAGAAGCCUUGUUCUGGCGAUACCCCCUGCACCACGUGCGCCAGUGUUGAGAGUGCUCGCCUCUGGAAACACCCCUGUAUUCGGACCCGUCUGUCCGAGGAGUUCGAACUCUACAAUGCCAAUCUGCAUGCGACUCUUGCCUACCACGACACCAGUGCCAUCAAGAACCAAGUCAAGUUCGAGCACUAUGCCGGUCGCAUCGAGGUGACCCAUAUCGAGGAAAGCAUGAUCUUUGUCACCAUCAGUGGACUUCAGGGCCACCGCACCUCGGUCUCGACUCUUGAUCCGCAGCUUCAGGGUCUGGGUGAUGAUCAGUUCUCUGGGCCUCCUCAGGACAUCUAUCUGCUGGACAGCGAUGCCGAUGACAUCCCCAGCAAGCUGGAGAUGUACAUCAAGAAGGCUGCGCCGUUCUUCUUUGAGCGCGAGUCCUCUCCUUUCGUGAAGCCUACUCUUAUGCUGGCCUCCGAACUGGCUCAGUCGAAGAAGGACACUCUGCUCGACCGCGCCGUGGACCUGUGGGUCGCCACUCAUAUCCUGGUGGACACGGAGCUUAGCUGGAAGACUUUCUGCAACCCUACCCUCCCUCCUACUUCUAUGCACUCCCUUUCCCAGCCCUCGGAUGAAGGUCGUCUGCCGAUCGAGGAAGUCUCUGACCCCGAGUCGUACUCCCUGCUGUGCAGCCAACUGCGCGCGGCCAUGGAGAAGCGUGCUAUGCAAUUGAGCAAGUCCGUGAUCAACGACCUGGAGCGCCGUCUGCUUCAGCGUCAGAAGACCGGCUGGUUCGAGACUUUCCUCGUGUCCAUGGUUCUGCUGAACUGCGUCGAGCGUACCUGUUGGCUGUUCCGUUCGUGGGACAACGAGAACUUUGCCCAGCGCUGGCCUCUGGACAAGCGUCCCCCCUACUACUACAACCAGUCUGAGCGCUUCGCCGACAUCCUGCACAUGCUCCUGAGAAUGCGCAGCCUCCCGCCCAAGACCACCAUCCGCCCUGAAAACGGCACCCUCAAGGCCGUUGACGGCAGCGACGAGAACGCCAUGCGCUGGUUUGACAUGCUCCAAAUGUCCCCCUACUACCUCGAGGAACGUACCAACGCCAUGUUCGACCCCUCCGACUCGCGCUCCCUCGACCUCCGCCAUAGCGCCGCGCUGCUUCUGCCCGCCAACUCUUAA